GGAGAGAAAUGGCUGAGGGCGGAAGCAGGGAGCAGUUUGGGGCGCUUCGCAAAGUUCUCCAGCCCGGCGAGCCGGCGGUGUGCCUGCCAGGGGCUGGGGGCCGAACAUCUGGUCCUGCUGGACGCUGCUUCUACCCUCCGAGCUCGGGAAAGGCCUCCAAGGGACAACGGGAGGCCAACGCGGCCCGGGGGAGGGGGCUCAAGAGACACACUUUGCGUGGUGUUUACACUGGGGGUGGGGUGCGGAAGGGACUGGGCAGAGAAGUUACCUGGAAUCAACUAAAUUCCUGCACUUGCUUAGUGUUGACAUUUGAAUCUAGUCCAAGAUGUCCUGCUUUUUUUUAUCCCGGGCAGCCGUGACAUGUCAGCAACAGGCUGAGGUUCUGGACCUGGAAUCUUAUAGCAAAAGCUCCAAGACAAGGGGGAUCGCGGAACUAAGUCCAAGCUGGUGUGCACGGCGUCUGCGCAGUGGCCGGCCCAGGAGCUGGAGUCACCAUGGCGGCGGGAGUGGCAGCCUGGCUGCCUUUUGCGCGGGCUGCGGCCAUCGGGUGGAUGCCAGUGGCCAACUGCCCCAUGCCCCUGGCCCCAGCCGACAAGAACAAGCGGCAGGACGAGCUGAUCGUGCUCAAUGUGAGCGGGCGGAGGUUCCAGACCUGGCGGACCACGCUGGAGCGCUACCCGGACACGCUGCUGGGCAGCACGGAGAAGGAGUUCUUCUUCAACGAGGACACCAAGGAGUACUUCUUUGACCGGGACCCCGACGUGUUCCGCUGCGUGCUCAACUUCUACCGCACCGGGAAGCUGCACUACCCGCGCUACGAGUGCAUCUCGGCCUACGACGACGAGCUGGCCUUCUACGGCAUCCUGCCCGAGAUCAUCGGGGACUGCUGCUACGAGGAGUACAAGGACCGCAAGCGCGAGAACGCCGAGCGGCUCAUGGACGACAACGACUCGGAGAACAACCAGGAGUCCAUGCCCUCGCUCAGCUUCCGCCAGACCAUGUGGCGCGCCUUCGAGAACCCGCACACCAGCACGCUGGCCUUGGUCUUCUAUUACGUGACUGGCUUCUUCAUCGCCGUGUCGGUCAUCACCAACGUGGUGGAGACCGUGCCGUGCGGCACGGUGCCCGGGAGCAAGGAGCUGCCCUGCGGCGAGCGCUACUCCAUGGCCUUCUUUUGCCUGGACACGGCCUGCGUCAUGAUCUUCACCGUGGAGUACCUCCUGCGGCUGUUCGCCGCGCCCAGCCGCUACCGCUUCAUCCGCAGCGUGAUGAGCAUCAUCGACGUGGUGGCCAUCAUGCCCUACUACAUCGGCCUGGUCAUGACCAACAACGAGGACGUGUCGGGCGCCUUCGUCACGCUGCGGGUCUUCCGCGUCUUCCGCAUCUUCAAGUUCUCGAGACACUCGCAGGGCCUGCGGAUCCUGGGCUACACGCUCAAGAGCUGUGCCUCGGAACUCGGCUUUCUCCUCUUCUCCCUCACCAUGGCCAUCAUCAUCUUCGCCACUGUGAUGUUCUAUGCCGAGAAGGGCUCCUCCGCCAGCAAGUUCACGAGCAUCCCCGCCUCCUUUUGGUACACCAUUGUCACCAUGACGACACUGGGAUAUGGAGACAUGGUACCCAAGACAAUUGCCGGGAAGAUCUUUGGGUCCAUCUGCUCCCUGAGCGGUGUCCUGGUCAUUGCCCUGCCGGUCCCCGUGAUUGUCUCCAACUUCAGCCGGAUUUACCACCAGAACCAGAGAGCUGAUAAACGCAGGGCACAGAAGAAGGCCCGCCUUGCCAGGAUCCGUGUGGCCAAAACAGGCAGCUCCAAUGCCUACCUGUACAGCAAGCGCAACGGGCUCCUCAACGAGGCUCUGGAGCUGAUGGGCUCCCCGGAGGAGGAGCGCGUGGGCAAGACCACCUCGCUCAUCGAGAGCCAGCACCACCACCUGCUGCACUGCCUGGAGAAAACCACUGGGUUGUCCUAUCUUGUGGAUGAUCCCCUGUUGUCUGUACGAACGUCCACCAUCAAGAACCACGAGUUCAUAGACGAGCAGAUGUUUGAGCAGAACUGCAUGGAGAGCUCAAUGCAGAACUACCCGUCCACGAGAAGUCCCUCGCUGUCCAGCCACCCCGGCCUCACGACCACCUGCUGCUCCCGUCGCAGCAAGAAGACCACACACCUGCCCAACUCCAACCUGCCGGCCACUCGCCUGCGCAGCAUGCAAGAGCUCAGCACGAUCCACAUCCAGGGCAGCGAGCAGCCCUCCCUCACCGCCAGUCGCUCCAGCCUUAAUCUGAAAGCAGACGACGGACUGAGACCAAACUGCAAAACAUCCCAGAUCACCACAGCCAUCAUCAGCAUCCCCACUCCCCCCGCGCUAACCCCCGAGGGGGAGAGCCGGCCACCCCCUGGCAGCCCAGGCCCCAACACGAACAUUCCUGCCAUAGCCAGCAACGUUGUCAAGGUCUCCGCCUUGUAAAACCACUGGACACAGAGCCAGUGCGGGUGGUGGGAGUGCGGCGGGCUGGCAUGUUGGUGGGUGGCCACUGGGACCACUCCGUCCCCCUCCCCACCUGCCCUGCUGCACCCCAGCACCGAGGCUCGUGCCUGGGAGGAACCAGAGCAGAGGGCCUGCCGUUCGCUGCUGCUGCUGCUGCUGCUGCUGCUGCUGCGUGGACACAGCCCUGUGAUUCUGCCUGUCCCUGGGGCCGGAGGAAGGGAGGGUGGGGGUAGG